CUAGUUUUGUUUCCGGAAUUCAUUUCUGUGUGUGUAGUCUACCGUCUACAUUGUGAACUUUGAUUUCUCAAAACAUUGACUGAAUACUGCAAAUUACUAUUACUAUAAAUUGUUAAAUAUUUACAUAGUUCCAAGGACAUGUGCGAUAGCGUCGCCUUUCAUGCUCAGCUAGCUUCAAUAAUUGAGGUCUUGGCGAAUGCAGCCGUUGCCGAAAUCUGUAAACUUGUAGAUGAUGACCAUGCUGCCUUACGUAUGGAAAUUUCCCAUAGCCAGAAAGAAAUUGAUAACCUGCGGAGGAAGUUGCUUUUGACAAAAUACCAGAGUUCUCAACGGGGCACAGAGAAAUUCGUAACCCUGCGACGCACAGUUCACAGGCGCGACACCGAUCUUGUUGCCCGAGCAAGAGCGAGCUUCGUUGGAAAGUCAUCAGGCAGACAUGGAUAUUUGGAGAAUCGUUUUUCCAACAAUGAAGGGGACAACUUCACAAAGGAUGUCACGAACUGGAAAGACGCAAGACGCACAGCUAAAGACCAGGAUGGGAGCAUGCAGAUGGCAGAUAUGCAAGAGUCACCUCUUAUCAAAAUGGAAAACCUUGGCUCAAGCAGAACAGAAGAGAUUGUCCAACCGGUCAGUGAGAGCAGUGAGAAGAUCAUUGUGGCAGAACCAGGUUCUUCAUCAUCUACUGAACCCACAGACCUUCUGGACCAGCAGGGCAACAGACACAGAGCUCCAGACACCUCACUCAAUAUAGACCCUGAAAACCAGACGUUCCAGCAUCCAGCGUCACAAUACAACAGAGCAAGACAGGACCAUCAGGUUGCUGAGGGUGUGACCUGGGAAACUGACCAUCAACCCAUAGAAUACAGCCUGUCCCAAUGGACAGAGAACCAAGAGACUGACAACCCAACUGUGAAUGGUCCUCAUAAUUUAGGGCCAGACUCCAAGAGGCUGUCUGGACAUCAAGAGAGGAGAGGGGCACCAGGUAACUCAGGGGUCAGCAUGUCUGCUUUGGGCUCUCUAGACUGGCUGCCUGAUGUGGUGCUGGUGGACUCAGUUCCCAUUAAAGUGGAGGCAGAUAUGAGUUCAGAAUGGAGCAUAACCUGCCAAGAGGUGACAUCUGGAGAGGUCUGUUCAGACGGCAGGCAACUUGUGGACAACAGAGGAAGAGGGGGAAUGGAGUCUGGACAGACAAAGUGUCCCCCUGACACUGAAAACACAGAGCAAGGGACAACUGUAGGAUCAAUGUCCAAGAUGUCAGAUUUCAACAGACUGUCCUCCCCAAACAGCUUUUCAUCCCCAAGUGUUACUCUCCUCCAGGUUCCCCAAAGAGGGAAGCCAGCCCCCUUCCUGAAUUUCAACAGAGGCUACAAUUUUUCAUCGAAAGGCAAAGAAAAGCAGGCGCAACAGCUAACAUCUCACUCGCCCAAGAGGCAACUCCGGUGCAGCCUCUGUGGAAAGCUCUUCCCUCAGCCGGCGCAACUGCGGAGUCAUAUGCGGGUCCAUACAGGGGAGAAACCAUACGGCUGCAGCCACUGCACCAAGCGCUUCUCCCACAGGCACCAGCUGAAGAUGCAUGAGAGAGUCCACACCGGAGAGAAACCAUUUCACUGUGUCUACUGUGGGAAGUGCUUCACCCAGUCUAGUCACAUGAAGAGGCACCUCCUCGUCCACACUGGUGGCAGGCCACAGGACAUUGUGCUGCCCAAUCCCCGGAGGUACCAUGGUCUGGGGAAACCUCAUCUCCUGGAGCAUAGUGCUAAGGACAUGUCCGAUACUGUCGCAUUUCAUGCUCAGCUAGCCUCCAUCGUCGAGGUAUUGGCGAAUGCAGCCGUUGUCGAAAUCUGCAAACUUGUAGAUGAUGGCCAUGCUGCUUUACGUUUGGAAAUUUCCCAUAGUCAGAAAGAAAUUGAGAACUUGCGGAGGAAGCUGGUUUUGACAAAAUGUCAGACUUCUCGACGGAGCGCAGAGAGAUUUGGAGCCCUGCGACGCACAGUUCACAGGCACGUGGACACUAAUCAUGUUGCCCGGGGAAGAGGGAGCUUUGUAGUGAAGUCGACAGGCAGAAUUGGAUAUUUGAAGAAUCGUUUUGACGACAUUGAAGAGGGCAACUUCAUGCAGGAUGUCACUACCUGGAAAGACGCAGGACGCACAGCGACAGACCAUAAUGGGGGCAUGCAGAUGGCAGAUAUGCAAGAGGAAACUUGUGUCAAAAUGGAGAACCUUGACACCAGUACAAUAGAAGAGAUUGUCCAACCAGUCAGUGAGAGCAGUGAGAAGAUCAUUGUAGCAGAACCAGGUCCUUCAUCCUCUACUGAACCCACAGACCAUCUGGACCAGCAGGGCAACAGACACCGAGCUCCAGACACCUCACUCAAUAUAGAACCUGAAAACCAGACGUUCCAGCAUCCAGCGUCACAAUACAGCAGAGCAAGACAGGACCAUCAGGUUGCUGAGGGUGUGACCUGGGAAACUGACCAUCAACCCAUAGAAUACAGCCUGUCCCAAUGGACAGAGAACCAAGAGACUGACAACCCAACUGUGAAUGCUCCUCACAAUGCAGGGCCAGAAUCCAAGAGGCUGUCUGGACAUCCAGAGAGGAGAGGGGUGCCUGGUAACUCAGGGGUCUGCAUGUCUGCUUCAGGCUCUCUGGACUGGCUGCCUGAUGUGGUGAUGGUGGACUCAGUUCCCAUUAAAGUGGAGGCAGAUAUGAGUUCAGAAUGGAGCAUAACUGGCCAAGAGGUGACAUCUGGAGAGGUUUGUUCAGACAGCAGGCAGCUUGUGGACAACAGAGGAAGAGGGGGAAUGGAGUUUGGACAGACAACAUGUCCCCCUGACACUCAACAUGUAGAGCAAGGGAGAACUGUAGGACCAAGGUCCAAGUUUCCAGAUAUCAAUGGACUGUCCAACCGAAACAGCUUUUCAUCCCCAAGGGUUACUCUCCAACAGGUUCCCCAAAGAGGGAAGCCAGCCCCCUUCCCGAAUUUCAACAGAGGCUCCACUUCUUCAUCGAAAGGCAUAGAAAAGCAGCCGCAACAGCUGACGUCUCACUCCAGCAAGAGAUAUCUCCGGUGCAGCCUCUGCGGGAAGCCCUUCCCCCAGGCGUACCUAAGCAGGCACAUGCGGGUCCAUACGGGGGAGAAACCGUACGGCUGCAGCCACUGCACCAAGCGCUUCUCCCACAGCCACCAGCUGAAGAGGCAUGAGAGGGUCCACACCGGAGAGAAACCAUUUCAAUGUGUCUACUGUGGGAAGUGCUUCACCCAGUCCUGUCACAUGAAGAAGCACCUCCUCGUCCACACUGGCGGCAGGCCACAGGACGUUGUGCUGCCCUAAGUGUUCCAGGCUAUAGUUCAGACUAGAUACAGAUCUAGGAUCAGCUUCCUCUCCCACAAUCUUAACCUUGACCAUUAGUGGAUUUUUUAAAUUCUUUAAACUGACCCAACAUCAGCAUCUAAGGGCAACUUCACACUACUCCUCCCAGUGUAAUGAUAGGCAGGGCCUGGAGUUUUUCCUCACCAGGUGACCAGGCCAGGGAAAAACUCCUGGCCCUAGUUGUAAAUGGAAUGUCUCAACACUACUGUGGUUUAUAUAUGAAUACUGGGUCCAUGUGUUUUUCACUUUGAAUGGUUUCCUCAUUGAACGCUUCCCUCUGUGUGUAGUGGUAGUGUUUUCAGGUCAGCUGUCUUGAUGCUUGGUCCAGAGUGGAUUGAUCAUGUAUAAGUUAUUACAGGUGAAGAUUUUAAAUGUAUUUUAGUCAGUUAGCAGACGCUCUUAUCCAUAGCAACUUACAAGAGCAUUUAGGGUUAAUUGCUGUGCUCAAGGGCACGUUGACAGAUUUUUCAGCUUGUCGGCUAGGUGAUUCCAACCUGCGGCCUUUCAGUUAUUGGCUCAACACUCUUAACCGCUUGGCUACAUCCUUAUGAAUUUGUGUUUGUGCAGUGGGGAACCAAAGUACAAUAAUUAAGACUACAUUUCCAUUAACCUGUCAAUAAGACAGAUUCCCUAUCAGACUGAUAGACUGUAACGAUGUAGAUAGAUUUCAUAUCAUUGUGAACAGAGUUCCGGAAGCACUGGACAGGUGCCUGGGCGAGCAAGGCCUGUUGGUGGUUGAGAGUUUGUUGCUCGUCUCUGUUCGUACUUGGACACAGGGAUGAGGAGGAGGAAGGCGCAGGGUUCCCAGACACCAGCACACUCCUUGCCCUGGAAACGAACCUGGCGUCCCAGCAGUUACAAGGAGAGAGAGAGUACUGACUGGAAUGAGAUCUGAUCCUGAUCCCAAGUAGUUACUGAAAGGAGAAGCCAGUACAUUGUGGUUACAGGUCACUGUGAAGGACGACAUGUUAUUUAG